GCCACCGCGACUGGUAUGAUAAGUGACCCAGAAAAUCUUCGAGAUGCUGCCCCCUCGCGAGCGCUUGCUAAGCCAAAGCUACGGCCGCGGUUGAGCAAGCGCUCUCACUUCUUCUUUCUCCUCGCGGCACGCAGGGUUAAUACUGGGAGGGUGGGUUUGCAAUCAGUAGCCUCCAGCCCAACGACCGUGCCUAUUGAAAUAUCAGACGCCCAACACUCCACCACUGACAGAAAACUCAGCUCGAUGGGCAGCAAGUACGUGGCCAUUCCGCCCGACGGCGGCUGGGGCUGGGUCAUCGUGGCCGCCUCCUUUUUCUGCAAUUUCGUCGUUGACGGCAUCAUCUUCUCAUUUGGCAUGUACAAGAAGCACAUCAUCGAGGAAUUUGGCGAGACGGAGGCGAGGACGGCACUCGUCGGCUCGCUCCUUUCUGGAUUCUACCUCAUCGCAGGUCCAUUUGUGAGCGCAUUGUCUAACAGGUACGGUUUCCGAGCAGCAACGAUUUUAGGCGCUGUUUUAGGCGCUAUCGGCUUCAGCGUCUCGUACUUCGCGGACAGCGUCACCUUUCUCUACCUUUCCUACGGCAUUGUUGGAGGCGUGGGCUUCGGGCUGAUUUAUGUUCCGGCCGUGAUCGCCGUGGGCUUCUACUUUGAGCGAUGGCGCGCCCUAGCCACGGGAAUCGCCGUGUGUGGCUCGGGCAUUGGCACCUUCCUCAUGGCACCGCUCUCCACCUACCUCAUCGACACUUAUGACUGGAAAGUAGCUCUGCUCGUCCAAGCCGGCAUUGUGCUAUCAUGCGCGGUGGUGGGCCUGCUGUUCCGACCCCUGGAGCCGACCCUCGUGGAGACGUCGGACGACGACAGAGAGCUGAACGAGACGCAGAUUCCUCUGAUGGAGAAGAGAAUUAGCAAGGACCUGGAAAUGCCACGUUCAGCCUCCUUUGCCAGCAUCCCCGAGAAUAGCAGACUCUCUCUGACUGAAAAAAGACUUUCAACGUACUCGCAGCAGUCAGGCCCGCCAAUUAAUGCAAUGAAAAAUGGAGGAUCAAACGUAGAUAUUAACGGAGAUGGGUACCUGGCCAUUCCUGAACUGAACCCUGUCGAGGAGGAGGGCAACGGCGGAGUCCCUCAGCAAAAGAGCAUCAGCAGAAACAGCUCCGCCGCCCUGAUAGUCAAAAUGGGCAGUAGAAGAGCCUCCAGGGUGCGGACGCCAUCAGAAUGCAGCACGCAAAGCGGGCUGAGGAAGGCCGAGGCCAAGGCCAUGCAGAGGGACGACAUGUACUUCACCGGCAGCAUGCAGCGGUUACCGCAAUAUGCCUCUAGGACCUCUCUGGCGUAUCACGUAUCAGUGACGCGGCCUGCCACGGCUGACAAGCAAAACGCCGAGCCGUCCAACAGCAUUUUCGACCUGACUCUACUCAGGAGCCCCACUUUUAUCUUGCUUUGCGUGUCUGGAUUCCUAACUAUGAUGGGCUUUUUCGUUCCUUUCAUGUUUCUCUCAGAUCGGGCCACAGACAUGGGGAUGGAGGCGUCCGCCGCGGUGUUUUUGGUCUCAAGCAUCGGCAUCACCAACACCAUUGGCCGUAUCAUGUGCGGCCUCAUCUCCAGCAUGCCUGGAAUCAAUGCCCUCGUUGUCAACAACAUCGCGCUCACCAUUGGCGGAAUUGCGACUAUUUUUUCAGGCGCGUCCGAAGACACGGUUUUCCAAUAUGCUUACGCAUGCGUUUUCGGCCUCGCCAUUGCGUGCUUCGCCUCCCUUCGAUCUAUCAUUCUGGUUGACCUGCUUGGCUUGGAAAAACUUACAAAUGCCUUUGGCCUAUUGCUGCUCUUUCAGGGCAUCGCAGCGUCCAUCGGAGCCCCAAUCGCAGGCGCGUUCAAGGACAUGUCUGGGAGCUAUGAUGCGACAUUCUACCUUUCUGGGGGCCUAAUCCUUGUGUCGGCCAUCAUGUGCUACCCUCUGAACCGCCUGCACGCGUGGGAACAUAGAAACGACCGCACUAACAAGUGACUAGAUGGACUGAACCCGCUCAACGCCCCCGCAAGACUCUUUUUCUGCCCAACGAUCCGCGGUGCCAAGAAAAACGCUUAUUUUGUAGGCUAAGAGUGUACAAAUCGCGCGCGCAAUAUUUUUACACGUGAACUUGUUGUUAGUUUUACAACAGCGUCUGCCGAACAUAAAAUAUAUUCGAGGAAAAAUAAGA